AUGCCACAAUUAACUAAAAAAGAAAAUGUCAUCGGCAGUGUUGGGGAAGAGGAGACGCAGCCGCUGGUGGCGGAGCGGCGCGGGCGACGCACGCGGCGCGCGCGCCGGCCGCGCCGCCACGACGCCUCCAUCAACAGCGACGCGCGCGCACACAUCGGGGUAGCAGCCCUUCCAGUAUCUCCCGCCGAAACCGAGCCUCCACACGUGGUCUUAUGA